AGCUGACGUGUCAGCAUCCUCCAAAAAUGUUUGAGUAUUGAGAAACUCAACUUUCGCCUCCUCUUUCUCGAUUUCUCUCCAUUUUCCAGUCCAAUUUCUCCCAAUUUCUUCUUCUUCUUCUUCUUCUUCUGUACAAACUCUAUUUCAAUCAACCAAAACGGAUUGUAUCUUCGUUUCAGAUAAUUUGUCUGAAGCUUGUUACGAACGAGACUUUUGUUUGACAGAAACGACGAGUUUCUGUGUCGUUUUGGGGGAAAGAUGAGGAGAAUUGUGGGAUCUGUUCGCUACUUUCGAUCAGCUCUACGUUGUCGAAAUCGUCUUUUGAGGAGAUCCCAGUGCUUGAUUGAGAAUGAUCAUACCCCCCCUUUCCAUGGUUCUGGGUACAGAGUUAUUAGUGCUAAUGUGGGAAAAAUCAAUGGAAUUGUACGGCCAAACAUGUUCAUCGUUUCAAGAGCUUUGUCUACAGAAACCGCUCUUGAAAAAGCUGUUUCAGAGGUGUAUACAGCAGGGCCUCUUGUGGAGUAUGAACGAAGAAUUGCAGCAGGUGACCUUGUUGAUGGUGAUACUUGUCAGGUAGGAACCUUAAGAGAACUUCAGAGACUGUAUGAUGAGCUUGUUGAAUCAGCUGAUGCCUGCAAGUUAGAUCGCUAUGCAUCUUCUGAGAAGUCUGGAAGGAGUCGGUGGCUGUGGAGUCGUUUAAUGCCACAAUCUUCAUACUCACCUGUCACAGGAUUAUAUCUUUAUGGAGGAGUUGGCACUGGGAAGACAAUGUUGAUGGACUUGUUCUAUGAUCAAUUGCCUGGCAAUUGGAGGAAGAAGAGGAUUCAUUUUCAUGACUUCAUGUUAAAUGUCCAUAGCCGCUUGCAAAAACACAAGGGUGUGUCAGAUCCACUUGAAGUUGUUGCAGGAGAGAUAUCAGAUGAGGCGAUUUUAUUAUGUCUAGACGAGUUUAUGGUAACUGACGUUGCUGAUGCAUUGAUACUGAAUCGUCUUUUUGGACAUCUAUUCAACAAUGGUGUUAUACUGGUUGCCACUUCAAACCGUGCUCCAGACAAUCUCUAUGAAAAUGGAUUGCAGAGAGAUCUGUUUUUACCCUUUGUUGCCACCUUGAAGGAAAGAUGUGUUGUCCAUGAAAUCGGCUCAUCAGUAGAUUAUAGGAAACUGACUUCGGCUGAGCAAGGUUUCUACUUCAUCGGCAAAAAUUUAUCAGACCUUCUUAAGCAAAAAUUUAAGGAAUUGAUUGGUGAACAUGAAGCUAGACCACAAGUGGUUGAGGUUGUAAUGGGAAGGACAUUACAGGUGCCAUUGGGUGCUAAUGGAUGCGCAUAUUUUGAAUUUGAUGAACUCUGCGAUAGACCCCUUGGAGCUGCUGACUACUUUGGAUUGUUCAAAGAUUUUCAUACUCUAGCUUUGGACGGUGUCCCAAUAUUUGGACUCCACAAUAGGACGGCAGCAUACCGGUUUGUCACUUUAGUUGAUGUAAUGUAUGAGAACAAGGCCCGAUUGAUGUGUACAGCGGAGGGUAGUCCUAUUCAAAUUUUCAGUAAGGUAGUGACAAUUGCUGACGCCCAGCACAUCGCACCUAGAACUGCCUCAAGAUCUAGGAAAACCGAUGUGUCUGAUCUGUGCGUCGACAAUGAACUGGGAUUUGCAAAAGAUCGCACCAUUAGCAGAUUAACAGAGAUGAAUAGCCGAGAAUACUUGGAGCAUCAUGCUGCCAUGUUGGCCGAGAAGCAUAAUCUCUCACAUCAAGUUGGCAGUGCAGACUCCAUGCAAGCAUUGAUCAAAAGGGUCCCACAUGUUUAAAACCCAGAAACCAUUUUUACUGAAAGACUUGAAAAACAUGCCCAGGGUUUGGCUUAACUGGCCGGGCAGUUACAUGGAUGACAAGAAAAAUAUACACACUGGUUUCAGGGUAAAGCUGAUUAUCAGCCGAAUAAAAUGUAAUCUAACAGUUGUUACUAUUUUAAUUAUUCGACUCUAACGAAAAUUUUCAUCAAUAAUAUUGUGCAAUUUGACAUUUCAUACAAAA